CUAAAAUCGAAAGGCAAAACUGUCAAAAAUAAAUUAUUUUUUCAAAGUGCGUAAUUAAUUGACACAAAAUGGAAAAGGAAUUAUCUCCGUUUUCUACGAGCAGUCAAAACCCAGUGCAGGAAGAAGGACAUUUUCCCGUUAGAAUGUCUCCAGCAGAAAAGAAUUUAGAUUUAGAAAAUAAAAAUCAAGCAGUUGAAAAAGCAAAAAAGGAUGUAACAAGUUUGGAUUCUUCUGCCAAAUAUCGAAAAUACACAAAUAUGGUUUUAAAAGCAGCAAAAGAAGGUAAAAUCUUUCAAGUUAUGUACUUUUUCGACGUUGGAAAAAUCAAAGAAGAGCUGCGAAACCGCGGAUAUAUCGAGAGUCCACCGCAUCUUUUUCACACGGAAGAGCAACAAAUGCCCAUUGAAGAGCUACUUGAACUCGCUGAAGACGGAAACGAGUAUGAACGAGCAUUGCUAGCACGUCUUGUUGGCAAUUACCCACCGAAUUAUUUAUGGGUACCGAUGCCAUGCUAUUACCACACAUUCAUGAACACACCUUGGCUAAAUAAAAUAUUCAUCUCCGAGUGUGAUUUUGGCUUGAAAGACGGCUUAUGCGAUCUAGUAGCAAAACUAAAUGAAAACGCUUUAAUGGUCGAUACUGACGUUAAAUGCCCACGGUCGUAUGUCGCUUAUCGUCGUAAGGAAGUAGAGGCAUUUCAAAAUGAUUUUAAAUUUACAACGGCAACAAAUUUACUUUUCUAUCUUAAUGAUCGUGAAAUUUUUGACAUGUUCGACGAGGAGGGCACCAUCGAUCAAAAUACAUUAGAUGUCCUUUUCAAGGUCAUUUUGCUACACAUCAAAAAUUGUAUCGAAAAACGACCGGAUAUUCCCUUUGCGCCUCAUGAUUUCGAGUGGGAACGCAUCCUAAAGGCCUCAACGGAAAUCACAAAGAACGGAGCCAAAAUCAAAAGUGUUGGCGAAGAUUUUGACAUCAUUCGUUACUACGGAAGUCAAGUGAAAUUUGUCGCAGGUGAGAUUAUGCGUGUCUGGCCAUCGCGACAAUAUGACGGAACUCGAAACAUUUGGUUGCUCAAACCUGCUUACUCUGGACAAGGAUAUGAUAUUGUUCUGUCAGACAAUGAGGAGACGAUCAUGGGUUAUGUCAACAACUUGAAAAGACGAUACAUUAUCCAAAAGUACAUUGAGAAGCCAUUGCUGAUUCAUGGACAUAAAUUUGACAUUCGACAAUAUUUUUUGAUUACAAUCGAAGACAAUGACUUGACAGCGUUCUCACAUCCAAUGGCGAGUUUUAAAUUUGCGUCCCAGCCAUUUUCGUUAGAUACCUUCCACGAGGCAGUUCAUAUCACGAACAGCAGUAUUCAGCAAAAAUAUAUUGCAAGUCGUUAUGACUCAAGUCCCUUGCCGCACGAUCAUCUUUGGAGUAUUAUAGAUUUCAAAGAUUACUUGACCAGCAUUGGACUUGAACAUGCAUGGGAUGAGCUCAUCUACCCGCAGAUGAAACGUGCCUUGAUUGCUAUGACAAUCGGUAGUUUGCCCUAUAUUGACUUGAAACCAGGACGAUUUGAACUAUUUGGUUGUGAUUGGAUAAUUACAGAAAACUUCCAAGUUUACCUUUUGGAAGCCAAUUACGCACCGGGAUUGGGUUACAUCACACCUGUAUCGAAGAUUGUUUGUGGAACGGUGAUGGAAGAUGUCGUCAAAGUAACGGUAGACUGGGUAAAAGACAGAACAGCCAGCACAGGAGGCUUUGAAAUUAUUUACCGAACACCAGUUUAUAAAUCUUUGAAUCACAGAUAUGUGAAUGUGGCAGAUGAAGAAAAACGUUUGUCAGGACGGAACAAGAGUUCAACGGCAACUUGGAUUAAAUAUAUUCACAAUCCCACGCCGAUUCCUUAAAUUUUUUGAAAAAUCAUACAAAACUGCCAAUAAGUCUACUUUUAGAUAUUUAGAAUUGAAAGCAACUUUCGAUAAGAUGUUGUCUAAACCGCGCACCGUACAUUGUACAACCACGAUUUAUUUAUAAAAUUAAAUUUAUUUUAUUCUAAUUUUAAAUUUUGCAUUGUUUGUUAUUUUGUUGAUCAGUGUAAAAAUAAUUAAUUGGCAAGUUGUUUAUUGACAUUGUCUAGGGACUAAAGUCAAUAUCGUACGUUGACGAAU